AUGGCUGAACUGGUUGGCCUUGCCGUCGCUAUACCGCCCCUGAUACAGCCUAUUAAAGACAGUAUUGCGGCGCUGGUAGUCCUCAUCUCUGCUUACCGCCAAGCCGAUACACAUCUUGCUCACACAGCGCUUAAACUCAAGACCCAUCUGCUGCAUGUCUCUGAGCUCACUGACUUUGCAUGCGGCAGCUACGCAGCCUUUAGUGAUAAUGCAAAGGUCAUCUUCCACCGGCUUAUACGCGUCCUCGAUGGGUUGCUUGCAGAUUUCUGUGAUGCGCUUGUCGGUUUGACAGAUGUGGAAAAAGCGUGGUUGAGGAAAGCUGGGUUCGCAUUGAGGGGCAGAGGGGUCUUCAAGAAGUUCGACAGUGAGCUUCUGGACUGGGAGAGGCGUUUUAACGAUGUGGUGUUUAUCACGGUGCUCGCUAGCGGGCGCAAAGUCCCUGCUCUGUUCACAGCUCAAGCCACUGCUGUGCAGCGCUCUCCAUCGCUUACAAGACUGCUUGACAUGAUCGCUCGUACGUUUCAUGAGUCUGGCCCGUUGUCGUCAUCACUUAGCUCGGCGUCCCUAUGCCUGUCGCCGCGCGACAUCUCGUCUGCUGGAUGCACACCAAUCGACUAUUCCUCUGUGCUGUACCACCCGCACACAGCCACCUCGCCGUCGUACCUCCUGGAAACCCACACCCUUACCCUCGCGACUGAGGCAGAUGUACGCGGCAUCGCUUCGUUUCUAUCCGCCUCAGACCCAGCCAUUACCUCGCUCCUUGCCUGUAGAGGCUAUUCAGAGUCCACCCUGAAGUACAGCGUCCCGGACGGCUACAAGGACCCGAUAUCUCUCCGAUGCGCACUGCUGUACGGAACCGACGCGAGGACUGAAGCCGCGUACGCGAAGCACUCGCUCGACGAACGGUUGGCGCUGAUGAAGCGCCUCGCCAGCGCAUUGCUGUGGGUGCACGUCGCCGGCCAUGUGCACAAGUCGAUACGGGCCGACAACAUCAUACUCUUCGGGAGCUCAACAUCUUCGACCCCCUCCUCCGCCCAAACUUCCAGACAAGACAGCAGGGAGCGCGAUCUUGAGUCAAAAGGAUUUCCCCACGUGCUCGGCACGUCUUUCCUGCUGGGUUUCGACCUCAGCCGCGCCGAUGCGGCGGCCACGUCGUACACGCAAACGGCGGACCUCCAGAAAGCAUACUACCUGCAUCCCGACCAGCAAGGUACGCCGGACCGCAGAUACUCCCUGCGCGACGACGUCUACGCCCUCGGCGUGCUCUUCAUCGAGCUUGCACUGUGGACCUUGUUCGUGCGUUGGAACAGCGCCACCUGGGAGCGCAAUCGCGGUCUGGUCUCGGCCAGCACAAGGAAGGCACCGAGUCCCGAAGCGAUGCGGGUGAGGUUUCUGGGCUUCGCGAGGAAGGAGGUGCCUCGGGCCAUGGGCGGCGUGGUGGGAGAGGUGAUUGUGGCGUGCCUGGAAGGGCUGGAUGACGUGGACGAGGGGAGUGGUGAUGGGGGAGCCUAUAUUAAAAAGGUACUGGAAAUGUUAGAUCGGGUGUCUCUAUAA